CAGGCACGUUUUUCGAAGGGAAACAACCAAUCGGCAAACGCGAAGUAGAAUCGGCUGUUAAAAAUGAAGAUCGGACUGUGCGCCUUCAGCGGGUUUAAAAUCUACCCUGCAAGCGGCAAGACUCUUGUCAAAGCCGACGGAAAGACCUUCACCUUUCUGAACAAAAAAUGUGAGCGUUCGUUUCUCAUGAAGCGCAACCCGCGCAAAGUGAAAUGGACUGUUUUGUACCGUCGCAAGCACAAGAAGGGCAUUGUGGAGGAAGCUGCUAAAAAGCGUACCCGCCGCACUCAAAAGUUCCAGCGUGCCAUUGUCGGUGCAUCGCUCUCGGACAUUAUGGCUAAGCGAAAUAUGAAGCCUGAAGUUCGUAAGGCUCAGCGAGAACAGGCAAUCAAGGCUGCCAAGGAAGCCAAGAAGGCAAAGCAGACCGAAAAGAAGCCGAAGACCCAGGGUGCGAAUCCUAAGCAGCAGAAAACGAAGGCUGCCAAGGUUUCCCAGAAGGCUGCACCACGUGUGGGAGGCAAACGAUAAACAAAGGAAAAAUGUUUUCUUUUUAAUUCAUCUUCCUAAAACAUGUUUCCGAUGUGUUUUGUGUUUGCGUGUGACCGAGCUGACAACAUCAAUGCUUAGUACGCAGCUUAAAAAUCGAAAAUGUAAUAUUGAAUCAAUGAAACAAGAAAACAACCACUUGUCGUUGAAGACGUA